GAAUGAAGGUAGCUUGCUUACUCUCAGCCAACUAGUUAGAAGGAAAUCCCUUGACUUCGUUUAUGCCCUUAUGCAGUAAAGAAAGCAAGUGAGGCGGGCUAAGAUUCCAUUCGAAGUAACGUAAGAGGAUUCGAUGUUGCACCAUCUUCAACUCUUCUCGGGAUCCGAGAGUUUUUCGAGAAAAGGUCCCAUCCUUCAAUAUCAUGAUUGGGUCGACCAGGUCAGAUCAUGAGUGAAUAGAAAAUCUAAAACGUACAUAGCUGUUCCAGCUGAAAUACUUGGAAUAAUUCUACCACUUCUACUAGGAGUAGCCUUUUUAGUGCUAGCUGAACGUAAAGUAAUGGCUUUUGUGCAACGUCGAAAGGGCCCUGAUGUAGUGGGAUCGUUCGGAUUGUUACAACCUCUAGCAGAUGGUUUGAAAUUGAUUCUAAAAGAACCUAUUUCACCAAGUAGUGCUAAUUUCUCCCUUUUUAGAAUGGCUCCAGUGGCUACAUUUAUGUUAAGUCUGGUCGCUCGGGCCGUUGUACCUUUUGAUUAUGGUAUGGUAUUGUCAGAUCCGAACAUGGGGGGACUUUAUUUGUUUGCCAUAUCUUCGCUAGGUGUUUAUGGAAUUAUUAUAGCAGGUUGGUCUAGUAAUUAGGAGGCGGCCGUUCGGUCGCCUAUGAUACUAGGACCAAUAGGUCAAAAAUGGGUUUGUGCCGCAGGUGUUGAACGAUCUACUCUACACAGGUGUGGGCUUACAGGGCUAGGGCUCAUAAACCCUCUCUUUCAUUCAUCAAUAGGGCCCUGGUCGGUCACUUUUCCGGGCCAGGAUCGAUAAGUGGAAGUCAUAAAAAAGAGAUGUUUCUCUUCGCACCUCAGAUCAAGAGGAAGGGUAGCUUGUCAAGCUGGCCUAUAUAUAUAUAUUAGAAUAUAUAAAUCAAAAGAUUCGCUGUCUUUUAACCGGCUGUUCUUCUUUGUCAACGCUACUAAAGACCUACAUUAGUAGAAGUAAGCGGCUGGGUUAGCCUAGCCUACCCUACUAAUGUAUUGUAUAGUAGAGUAUAGUAUAGUAGGCGAGCGAGUUAGCGAAGACGCUUAGGCUAAUAGAUAAGAGAGCGUCGGUGCAUAGCCUUCAUUCUACUACGCUACGCAAAGGUUACGAAGUCACUUAGCUCGACGUUAGGAGAGUCAAGGGGGAACGCCAUACCUACAUAGAAGAACCGCUGUUCGCUGACUUUCUAAGGUCUAACCUUUCGCUCCCCUACUGAAAAGGGGCAAAGCCGCUUCACACCACUGAUAGAUUACUUAAGAUUCCAUUCAAAAGGCCCUACUUAGUUUCGCAAGCCUUUGUCAUUGUUAGGCAACUAAGUAGGGCCCGAGGCCCCCUGCGAAUCCGUAAAUCUGAGGAGCAUGCCGCAACAAAAGGAUGGUCCCCUAUGCAUUUCAUUCUUUCUGGAAGGGAAAAAAAAAGAA